UUGUCUUCAGAAGACUUGAAGGAAGACGUUUCUGCUAAACGAUCCAAGCUCACCCCACUUGAUAAUGGCGUAGAUCUCGAUGCCCUUCUCAAAAAGAAGAGUAUGCAUGACAAAGAAGCAAACAAGGCUCAAGGAAUUAUGGCUCAAAAGCAUCUUGAUGCGUUGGAAGCGAAAGAAAAAGUUGAAACUUUUGUCACGGAGUGCAUGUCGGUAAAAGAUGUGAAGGUUGUAAAUUGUAAAAAGUGCGGUUAUACUGCUCAACGGCAGAGUGAUCUUUGCAUGCGCGAGGGCCACUGCAUUACGCGCACGACGGCAGAGAAGCGAUUUUUCAAGUGUCUUUCGUGUCAUCGACGGAUCGUGGUAUUCAGCUUGAUGCCUACUAAACCAUGCAAGCAUUGUGAUGAAAAUGGAUGGGUUCGCGUUGCGAUGAAAGACGAAAGAAAAGUUCUGCUAGAAAAUGAGAAGCUGGCUGUUCGUGGCGAAGAGAGAAAGUUCGUGAAUAGUUAA